AUGUCUUCCGACAAAGUCGUCGCUUUUCUCGGUGCCAGCACGGGCAUUGGCCUAUCCGCCCUCAAGCACACCCUCGCUGCCGGUCAUCAAUGCAUCGCACUGUGCCGGGAUCCUUCAAAACUCAUCAAAAUUUUCCCAUCGGAGUCAACUCCAAAUCUCAAAGUCAUCAAAGGGAACGCACACGAUGUAGCGGCCGUAUCGCAGUGCAUCCAAGCCGAUGGUCGCAUCGUUGACGUGAUCGUAACCACCAUCGGCGCCAAACCCAUUCCUCACAAAAUGACCGUCGACGACCCGGACGUCUGCAAGAAAGGAGCGGCGACUCUCCUCGAUGCGCUCGCCCAACUUAGAAGCAGCGGUAUCAAAGGCAGUCCCUACAUCAUUGCUUGCAGUACCGCAGGUUUUUCUCGGUUCGGCCGUGAUAUUCCUCUUGCUAUGAGGCCUAUAUAUGCUCUAUUUGUUAGGGUUCCCGGGGCAGACAAGGUGGUUAUGGAAGACCGGUUUGCGAAUAGCGGUGAAAAGUUCACGAUUGUUCGUCCGAGCCACCUUGGUGAUGGCGAGUCUAGCAAGACUAUCCGUGUGGGAAUUGAGGAUCCCAAGACUGGCCCAGUGUCUAAUGUCACUGGGUAUAGCAUCUCAAGGGAGGAUGCCGGGAAGUGGCUGGCGGAGAAUCUUGUCCUGCAAAUGGACACGAAGUAUUUGAACAAGAAUGUGUUGAUCACGUAUUGA